GGUCUGACGAGAAAGCUAGACUAUCAUUGUGACGACAUCGUUCAGAAGAUCCCAGAUCCUCCCCAUGCUCUAGCUCUGUUGCAUCUAAAUACGUCUCACGUUAUGUUAUGAGGCAGUGAGCUCCGGCUCAACGAUGAGCCCGAGUUCUGUUGGAUGCACGUUACACUGGCUGAGCGUUGUAAAAUGAAGUCCCACGUAUCUGUCAUUAUGGUUUAAAGUGUCUCUAAGUUUCCUCUUCGUCAUGUUCCUCGUGGCUAGGUAGAUUAUCCUUUUAUUGGUAUACUUAUCCUGAGCCCCUUGCCACAGUCUCCGGAUAUACUACAACCAUUGCACUGACCAUACUGCACAAUUCACCACCGUACGAACCGUGCCCUUCCCACGUCGCUCCUUAGAGGUACUCGGAGUCGACUAUUUUGGUUAUUCUCCGGCCUUAUCAAAAUGCGAUAUACAGCAUUGAUCCUGUUAGUUGCUAGCUUCGGCAGCCUAGGCCUUUGCGCGCCUCCCUCUCUCCAUAAUGGAGACUCACUCAGAACGAGAGGCGAAGACCGCACAAACGUCACUGAGGCCGUCCCAGCAGCUAAGGCAGAUCCUAAAGAGGAAGACUUAGAUGAUGUCUUUGUUUACCAAUGGCGCCGUUAAGAGUAGUCAUCUCUCAGACUUCUUCCAAUGCCUUUCUACUUAGCGCAACCUGGUAUGCCAUCUGUGAAGGAAACUCAUGGCUUUUGCCUCUUGUCUGAUACGUUUGACAUGAAUUAUGCUUGUUAGAUGUUUCGUGGGUAUCUGUUUAGAUGUCGUUUGGGAAAACUAGGGCUGAAUAGGGGCGGAAUAGAACAAUAUGCAUGUAAUACUAAAUGCUAUAUCUGUAAUCUUACAUUCUAUUAUUCAUCACCGUCAAGUUUUCACUUAUUUGUGAAGCCAAGUGACUCUACUCACCAAUGAUGGACUGCGCCACUUGACACUAUCGCAGUAUUUCAGCA